UUCAUUUCAACCCUCAAUUUCUCAACACUCUAAUAUCUAUAUCCAUAAUUUCAUCCAACAAACUUUUUUUCUUUAAAUUUUAAAAAGAAAUAUUUGAGAUAUUUGUCUGUAGGCUGAAAUAUCAAAAGUGAGUAGAAAAAACUAAAUACUUCAAAACUCAUAAGAUGUCACAAACAUUAGAGAUAACAAUUCUAUCUGCAGAAAAUUUACAAGAGAACAAAAAGGCCAUAAAAGGAAACACAUUUGUCACGGUUCAAUGCGACGGAAGCAACGAUGAAGCGAGUACCACCAAGCUUGAUUCGGAAGGUGGGAGUUACCCUACAUGGAAUGAGAAGUUAGUGAUGGAUGUGCCAAUGCAUGCAAGGUUUGUAACAAUAGAGGUCAAGUAUAGAACAAGAGGAAAUGGUAGUUGUAGUGUUGGAGUUGCUAGAAUACCUAUUUCUGAUUUUAUUGGAGGGUAUGUACAUGAAAAUCAAUUGCAGUUUUUGAGUUAUAGGUUGUGGGAUAAUAGAGUUAGGAGAAAUGGUGUUGUAAAUAUUUCUGCCAAGGUAAAAGUCUCCCAACAAAAUUCUUGUUCCAAUUCUAUGUUGGUGAGUGGAAUUCCUGUAACUGGUGUUCCGGUGGCCGGUAAUGGCUCCAACAGAAUAGUAACGGGGAUUCCAGCUGUUUGGUUAAACUACCAAAGUAGCUUUUGAAGAGUACUUUGUCAUCACCAUGUAUUCAAAGAGAAAAGUAUAUACAUCUUCAUUGAUAAUACACGUGGGAAUUACUAUAUCCAUGUCUCAAUUUUUUAUAUUUAUUUUAUGUUGAUAACUUUACAUGAAUACAAUCUGCUUUAUAUAGCUUUACAUUGUUGCAAGUACCUUAAAACUUAUAUAACAAAGGAAAUUGGGCCUUGGCCCAAUUCCUAUCACAAGAAUGUGUGCUACAAACAAACUCUUGUUGAUGACUUUCUCCCUGACAAAAAAAAUGUCUAGUUCUAUGUGUUUUGUCCUGAAAUGCAAAACAGGAUUGUGAGCUAGACUAAUAACUCGGGUUGUCACAU